AUGUCUGCGACCGUCCGAUUAGCCCGCGGCAGUCGCAUUGGCCUGCUACGGGCUCCGAAGCGACCGACCGUCGUCGUCGAGCCCUGCCGCGCCUGCGCACUCCCGGCCGAGCCCCACCGAGCGCUCUGCAGCUCGACGCCGAGAGCAACACAACAGGAGCGCGGGCCCCUGUACUCGAGGAAGACCCGGCAAAGUUCCGAACCGCAGCGCGUGACGGGGACGUGGGAGCGGCCGUCUGACUUUUCACGGCCGCGGGCCCAGUACCGGGCAGAGGAAGAGGCGGGGUACCACCAUAACGGGUCGUCAGGCGGCGGCGGCGGCACGGGACCGCGACGAACGGCGCGGGAGGCGGCGUCCGGGCCGCAGUCCAAGGCGGCGGUGGUGACCGUCAUGCUGGCGGCGGUCGCGUUCUACGUGUGGAACUCGCAGACGGUGCCGCUGACGGGCCGGUGGCGGUUCAACUUCUUGUCGGACGAGAUCGCGGAGCGGAUGCACCCGGGGGCGGUGCAGAGCAUCCUCAAGCAGGUGUACGAGUCGGGCGGGUUUAUCCUGGGGGACGGUGACGUGCGGACAAGGAUCGUCAAGAGGGUGAUGCGGCGGCUGAUUCCCGUGAGCGGGCUGGCGGACCUGAACUGGGAGAUUUACGUCAUAGCCGAUGAUUCCCAGGCCAACGCGUUCGUGCUGCCCGGCGGCAAGGUGUUCGUGUUCAGCGGGCUGUUGCGGGUGUGCGGCAACGAGGACGCGCUGGCGGCGGUGCUCGGGCACGAGAUUGCUCACCAGACGGCGUCGCACUCGGCGGAGCGGCUGUCGCAGGCGUGGGUGGGCAACCUGACCACGGGGUCGCUCUUCUUCCUGGUGGGCACGCUUCCCGGAUUGGCGCUGUUCGCCAUAUGGAUGGCGACGGGCGCGUUCGUGCUGCCGGCGCUCAUGUACGAGCUGCCGAUGAGCCGCGCGCACGAGUACGAGGCGGACCACAUCGGGCUGAUGAUGAUGGCGGAGGCGUGCUACGACCCGCGCGCGGCGAUCCCGUUCUGGCGCCGCAUGAGCGAGAACGGCCAGGAGAUGGACGAGGUGCUGAGCACGCAUCCUUCGAAUGAACAUAGAGUGGCAAAGCUCACGCAGCUCAUGCCCGAGGCCCUGGCCAAGCGGGAGCAGAGCGACUGUAGGGGGACGGAGUCGUUUGCGCGGCGGUUCAGGCUUGCCGUGAAGCAAAGGCAGCGGGAAAUGCCACGGACGGAGGAAAUGUGA